AUGGGUUUCUCUCUUCAGGCCCUCACAGUUUCAGCACUAGCUAUUACAAGCUAUGCCUCUCCUUUGAUCCACUCGCGGGCAACAAACACAUCCUACACAAACUCCAACGGCUUGACAUUCAAUCAUUUCAACGGUUCUCUUCCUAACGUGACCAUCCUAGCAACCGGCGGCACCAUCGCCGGCACAAGCGACGACAAAACCGCAACAGCAGGCUACGAAUCCGGCGCCCUAGGAAUCAACACUCUCCUCUCCAAAAUCCCAGAGAUCUUCAAUGUCGCCAACAUCGCCGCCGUGCAGGCCCACAACGUUAACAGCGGCGACGUCUCCUCAUCCCUCCUCCUAAACCUGACCCACACGCUCCAGACAAAAGUCUGCGAUGAUCCCACCAUGUCCGGAGCCGUGAUCACCCACGGAACCGACACGCUCGAGGAGUCCGCCUUCUUCAUCGACGCAACAGUAAACUGCGGCAAGCCAAUCGUGUUCGUCGGCUCGAUGCGGCCCGCUACCGCUAUCUCAGCGGAUGGACCCAUGAACCUCGUCCAGGGAGUAACCGUUGCCGCAGACAAUGACUCCAGAGACCGUGGGGCAUUGGUUGUUCUGAAUGACCGUAUUGUCUCUGCUCUUUUUGCGACUAAGACCCAUGCGAAUACCAUGGAUACCUUCAAGGCGUAUGAGCAGGGAAAUCUUGGAUUCAUUGUGUCGAACAAGCCCUACUUCUAUUAUCCGGCUGUGCAGGCAAAUGCUAAGCACGUGGUUGAUGUGUCUAACGUGGAUUCCGUUCCUCGUGUGGAUAUCCUAUAUGCCUAUGAGGAUAUGCAGGUCGAUUCGCUUUACAGUGCCGUGAAGAAUGGUGCUAAGGGUAUUGUGGUUGCUGGCGAGGGUGCAGGUGGUGUUGCCACAGACUUCGGUUCUGCGAUCAAUGACAUUGUUACGAAGCACAACAUCCCCGUCGUGUUGUCGCACCGUACUGUGAACGGUGAAGUCCCCACUGCUGAUUUCACCGGCGAGGACGCGCAGACCAAGAUUGCUAGUGGAUUGUUCAAUCCCCAGCAGGCCAGGAUUCUGCUUGGGUUGUUGUUGGCUGAAAAGAAGGGUCUUAAGGAGAUCCGGGAGGUGUUCUUGAAGGCUACCGUUGCUUAA